UCCGGGCUCCCACCUCGUCCUUCCCGCCACGUGAUGUUCCCGGCUCCCUCGCGUGUCGGGACCGCACGGCCGGUCCUCGUCCCGGGAUCCUUGUCCCGGUUCUUCGCCGGGGCCACGCGGGAGGGCAGCGGGGAGCAGGGGGCGCACCUGCGCGACCUCGGGGACCCACGCUGCACGCAGGAUCAGCUCCCUCCUUGCGUGGGCCCUUCCCGCCCUCGCUGCUUUCUCAGACUGAGUGCUAAAUGUUCAAGGAACGCGGGAUUUCCUCCCAACUCCCUUUUACACUCGGGUCUUUAGGGUCAUAGACAGUUCACGAUCAAUUUCAUUACUUUUGUUUUUUUAGCCAGUUAUCCUCCUGGACAUUGGAUAACAGCUGUUGCUGCCCGUUUAAACAGGCAGCGGCAUCCUCAGGCCAGCCGGAGACCACGUUGCCGUGGGCGCUGUGACCAGGUCACAGACCUCCCCCCAGGCCUCCUGUUCUUAUCUGUGUCAUCAGCAUCAGGCUCUUACGCCUCUGAUGGAAGCGACAGAGAUGUACAACACAGGCCUGGAAAGAGACAGCUCACCCGCCUGCCCUGGGACGCGCCAAGCCCGGGGCUCUGAUGACACGUCUCCUUCGUAAUUCGUGUAAUUCAUGUGCGAACCUGGAAGAGAAAUUAAGAGACUCAUCGGGUUCCGAGCUGCUGCUGGAUAUUUUGCAGAAGACCGUGAAGCAUCCUCUGUGCGUGAAGCACCCGCCGUCAGUGAAGUACACCCGGGGCUUUCUCUCAGAGCUCAUCAGAAAGCACGAGGCUGUCCAUGCGGAGCCUUUGGACGAACUGUACGAGGCGUUGGCGGAGGUCCUGACGGCCGAGGAGCGCACCCGCUGCCACAGGAGCUAUCUGCUGCCUUCCGGGGACUCGGUCACGCUCUCUGAGAGCACGGCCAUCAUCUCCCAUGGCACCACGGGCCUGGUCACUUGGAACGCCGCCCUCUACCUCACGGAGUGGGCCCUCGAACACCCAGCAGCCUUCACUCACAGGACUGUCCUGGAGCUUGGCAGUGGAGCUGGCCUCACGGGCCUGGCCAUUUGCAAGAUGUGCCGACCCAGAGCAUACAUCUUCAGCGACUGUCACAGCCGUGUCCUCGAGCAGCUUCGGGGGAACGUCCUUCUCAAUGGCCUCUCGUUGGAGCCAGAUGUGACCGCUCCUGUGCAGCACCCAGGACACGACACCCGCGACCCAGAGAGCCCCAGGGUGACAGUGGCCUGGUUGGACUGGGAUGUCGUGACGGUCCCUCAGCUCGCUGCCUUCCAGCCAGACAUCGUCAUCGCUGCAGAUGUGCUGUACAGCCCAGAAACAGCCCUCUCCCUGGCCGGCGUCCUGCGGAGGCUCUCUGCGUGCCGCGAGGACCAGCAGGCGCUGGAGGCCUACGUCGCCUUCACUGUCCGCAACCCGGAGACGUGCCAGCUGUUCACCGCCGAGCUAGGCCGGGCCGGGAUCCAGUGGGAGACAGAGCCCCGUCACGACCAGAAGCUGUUUCCCUAUGAUGAGCAGUCGGAGACGGCAAUCCUGAAACUGACGCUGUAGGGCUGCAGACGUUUUUGGAGAUUCAUGUGAACGUCAAAUCACUACCGGAAAGAAUUUACGCGUGGGAAAGCUGAGGAACCUUUCGUUGGACUUGAAUGCUCGAACAACGUCAAAGCCCGAGACAGGAAGCACAAACCGUGUUCUCAUAAAGCAUGAACACUGCAUGCGUGUAGCGCCCCUUCUGUCAGAGGUCCUGGUGCUCAAGCAAGAAAAUCAGAAACGAAAACUCGGGCUCAGAGAGAAACAUUCCAUUUGUGCAAAUAGAAACACACAUCGGGUAUGUUUUCCCCCCAGUCUGGACACGCAUCCCUCACGAAGCCGAGCCCGCUGUCCUCGUGGCGCAUCGUCCGUUCACAGCGCAGCGGGCUGCGGGGCCUGUUCUCAAGGCAGGAAUGAGAAUACCGGGGCCGAGACAGGGCAGAUGCUGGAAAGGCAGACAGACACCAGGACACAAAAACAGACUAAAAGAUGUUGAAGACGCCGCAA